AUGAAUAAGAAUGGUCUCAGCAAUGCACGAGAGGUUCUAGGCAAGAUUCCAGUGGUGAAUCCAGCUCCAGGUCAGCCCAAGUACACGAACUCUUUGGCCACAGACAAGUUCAUGGCUCUGUUUUAUCGAACGGUAGAUUCUGAGACUGAAGAGGUGCUUCGCCUCAAUAAGGCAGCUCUGGUCCAUGCUAAUAGCCAACUAGCAGCCUACCUUGAUGAACACUGGUGGAAAUAUGAAAACUAA